ACCGGUAAUCGUUGUGGCAGGUUUUCGUCUUCUCAGUUUUUUGUCUCAGGCGGUGAGGCUUUCCGUGUCCGCAGUCCGUGGAGAAGGCCGGAGAGUGGUGCUCCCGGCCUCACAGCCCAUGGUGGGAGCCGCCAGUGGUGCUCACAGCUCCCACGUGGGAUUGAAGCUCGGAGUCGCCACCCGAACCCACGCCAGGGCCGGGACAGGGACCGCCAUUCCUGCAGCGGCUUCUACUCCCGCCCGGCUCAGCCCACAGAGGGCAAUGGCGGCGCCCCCGCUGAGGAGACGGGCUGAGGUUGGCGUGACCUUUGAGGACAUUGCCCUGUACUUCUCCAGGGAGGAAUGGAGCCUCCUUGAUGAGGGUCAGAGACAGCUGUACCUGAAUGUGAUGCUGGAGAACUUUGAACUUAUAUCCUCGCUGGGUUGCUGCUGUGGAGCAGAGAAUGAGGAGGCAGCGACUGAACAGAACUUUUUUGUGAGAGUUUCACAGGCAUGGAAUCCCCAGUUACCUUUGUCUUCCCAGAAGAGCCACCCCUGUGAGAGUUGUGGACUAGUCUUGGGAAACAUUUUCCACGUGAUGGAGCUGCAGGGAACACGACACCGACAGAUAAUGUUGAGAUGUGGGGCAUGUGCAACACGGUUUUAUUUCAGUGUAAAUAUUCAACAAUGGCAUAUGAGAGAGAAGACUUUAAGUAGAGGUGUGGACAGGAUCUCCCUUGCAAACAGCUGCAAUUUCAAUGUGUCCCAAAAUGGUUUCACCUGUGGGGAGGUUGGGCAGGGUGUUCUUACUGAAUCAGGACAUCUCCACCUCAAGGCUACUCAGACCAGGGACCAUCCAAAUGCUAUUUCGACACGUGGGAUGACAUUUCAAAGGACAAAAAAUUAUUACGCCCGAAAAGAAUCUAAGAAAGACAUUACUUGUACCCACACGUUUAUUCAGGAAAAGGAUGUCAAUGUUGGAAGUGGAUGUUUUGUGUGCUCUGAAUGUGGGGAAUAUUUUACCAAAUUUUCUAGCUUUUCUCUUCUACAGCAAGGUCACACUGGAGAAAGGCCUUAUCAGUGCAGUGAAUAUGGGAAAGCUUUUAGCAAUAGUAACAGCCUAGGUGAAUAUGAAGCUUUGCACACUGAAGAAAGGCAUUAUGAGUACAGUGAAUAUGGGAAAGCUUUUAGCAGUAUUAACAGCCUAGGUGAAUAUGAAGCUUUGCACACUGAAGAAAGGCCCUAUGCGCGCAGUGAAUGUGGAAAUCCUGUUACCAAUAGCAAUGCCGUCUAUUAUGAUCAGAGCGUUCUCACAGCAGAAAGGCCUUAUGAGUGCAAUGAGUGUGGGAAAUCUUUUACUCACAUCAGUAACUUUCAUUGUCAUCGGAGAAUUCACACUGGAGAAAAGCCUUAUAAGUGUAGUGAGUGUGGAAAGUCUUUUUCAACUUUCAACGCUCGCAAAUAUCAUCAUUACAGAGUGCACUCUGGAGAAAGACCUCAUCACUGCAGUGAAUGUGGGAAAUCUUUUAUCACUUUGUCUCACCUUCACAGUCAUCAGAGGGUUCACACAGGAGAAAAGCCUUAUAAAUGCAGUGAAUGUGGGAAAUCUUUUGCCCAGAGCGGUAGCCUUCUUUCUCACCAGAGCAUUCACACUGAAGAAAAGCCUUAUAUAUGUGGUGAAUGUGGGAAAGCUUACAACUGUUUCAUUAAACUUUGUCGUCAUCAAAGAGUGCACACUGGAGAAAGGCCUUUUCACUGCAGUGAAUGUGGGAAAUCUUAUACCAGGCAAAGUGCACUUUGUCAGCAUCGGAGAAUUCAUAGCGGAGAAAAGCCUCAUAAAUGCAGUGAAUGUGGGAUGACUUUCAUCCAAAGCGGAGCUCUCCAAAAUCAUCUGAGAGUUCACACUGGAGAAAAGCCUUUUAAAUGCAGUGAAUGUGGGAAAUCUUUUGCCACUAACUCUCAACUUCACAGUCAUCGGAGGGUUCACACAGGAGAAAAGCCUUAUAAAUGCAAUGAGUGUGGGAAAUCUUUUACCACUAAAUCUUACCUUCACAUUCACCAGAGAAUUCACACGGGAGAAAAGCCUUAUAAAUGCAAUGAAUGUGGGAAAUCUUUUACCACUUAUUUGAAACUUCGCACACAUCAGAGAGUUCACACUGGAGAAAAGCCUUAUAAGUGCAGUGUAUGUGGGAAAUCUUUUACCACCAAGUCUUACCUUCACAUUCAUCAGAGGGUUCACACAAGAGAAAAUCCUUAUAAAUGCAAUGAAUGUGGGAAAUCUUUUACCACUAAGUCUUACCUUCACAUUCAUCAGAGAGUUCACAUAGGAGAAAAGCCUUAUAAAUGCAAUGAAUGUGGGAAAUCUUUUACCACUAAAUCAUACCUUCACAUUCAUCAGAGAGUUCACACCGGAGAAAAGCCUUAUAAAUGCAAUGAAUGUGGGAAAUCUUUUGCCACUAAUUUCAAACUUCACAGACAUCAGAGAGUUCACACUGGAGAAAAGCCUUUUAAAUGCAGUGAAUGUGGGAAAUCUUUUACCAGUAACAGUAAACUUUGUCAUCAUCAGAGAGUUCAUACAGGAGAAAAGCCUUAUAAAUGUAGUGAGUGUGGGAAAACUUUCCGUGAAAACAAAGCUCUCCAAAAUCACCAGAGAGUUCACACUGGUAUAAAGCCUUUUAAAUGCAGUGAAUGUGGGAAAUCUUUUACUAGGAGCGAUGUACAUCGCCGUCAUCAGAGAGUUCAUACAGGAGAAAAGCCUUAUAAAUGUAGUGAAUGUGGGAAAACUUUCAGUGAAACCGAAGCUCUCCAAAAUCAUCAGAUUGUUCAUAGAGGAGAAAAGCCUUAUAAAUGCAGUGACUGUGGGAAAUCUUUUACCUGUAACAGUAAACUUUGUCGUCAUCAGAGAGUUCAUACAGGAGAAAAGCCUUAUAAAUGUAGUGAAUGUGGGAAAACUUUCAGUGAAAACAGAGCUCUCCAAAAUCAUCAGAGAGUUCACACUGGAGAAAAGCGAUGUCCAUUGCUGUCAUCAGAGAAGUCAUACAAGACAAAAGCCUUAUAAAUGCAGUGACUGUGGGAAAUUUUAUACCAGUAGCACCAACCUUCUCUGUCAUCAGAGAGUUCAUACAUGAGAAAAUGCUUAUAAAUGCAGUGAAUGUGGACAAUGUUUUACAACUAACUCUCACCUUCAUUGUCAUCAGAGAGUUUACACCGGAGAUUGUCGUAAAGAGUGUAAUUAAUGUGAGAUAUCUCUCAGCCUAAUUUGUAAAUUUGCUGUGCACAAAGAGUCCGAAUGUAAAAAAUUUCUCAGAUGUGUCGAAAAUGUAGUUUCUUAGUUAGGACUUAACAGUUGUAUAUGAAAAUAUGUGAAGUCUCAUUAGUCUGAAAUUUAUCUCAUAUAUUGAGUCACGUACAUUGUGUAUCCUACCCGCAACUAUUUUAUCUGUUCUGUUUGCUUGUUUGCAUGUUGGAACCAUAUGUAUGUAUGUUGGACUUCUUAAUAUAAAGAGCUAUUUUGCCAGGUGGAAAAACUGCCAGUCUCACGGCUGUUACUUGCAAAAUAAUGAAGGCUUUUCCGUAAGACUUCUUUAAUGUUGGGUGUUCCAUUUAUUGUCUGGGUUAGUUUAUAUGGAGAUCGGGGCUCUCCAAGCAUGAUUCGGUGAAAAACUUAUAUGGGCUUUGAAACAUUUUUGCCCUUGGGGGAUGACUAUGGACCAGAAAUUAGCUCAGGAGUUUUUGCCAAAUUUAUAUUGCAGCCCAUAUUUUCCGAGGAAAUACUGUGGACUCGGUAGUACUCAUGUGAAAAUGGAUGCAUUGAGACACAGAGAUCACUCCUAAGAGGGGGUCGCUAUGACAACCUGAAGUAUAUCUGGGAGUAGCGUUAAUUUUUUUCCUGUUUUCAAGGAAUGGUAAGACAUUUGAAGGGAUUCUUUUCCCCAGGUGUUGCAGAGGGCCAUGCCCUUUAAUGCCUUCAAUUCCAUGGGUGAUAGGUACUGGUUGGAAGACCAUUGCAGUGAGGGGAGCCCUUCAACUGCAGAAACACUCACCUAAUUUCUGUUGGAUCAGACUGCAGCCCAUUAGAUGGAAUGAUCUUCAUCUAAACUUGUACCCAGAUAUUUUUUUUGAGCAAAAGACUACAGGAGUCAUGUGUACACAGACCUGAGGGACAUCUGGGUUUGUUUAUCUUCUGUGCAGCAGUCAUUGUCACUCAGUAUAAUCAAGAAGUUUUAUGGCUUCAUAUAUCUUCUCAGAUGUUCCCAUUAGAGCCGUUGGUGUUCUGGCAGCAAAACUAAGAAGAAAACAAAGGGUGUCUUUAGGGCGGAGAUAUGGCUUUUGUGACCCAGUCAGCAUUCCAGUGUGUUUGGGUGAAAGUUCUUCAUUGUUUGUUACAUUUUCUGUCACUGAGAUGAGACUCGGCCACAGCGCAUGAGAAUGUGGAUUGAAUAUAGAGUUGAAAAAGCUGUUGUUCCAAAGUAAGUCACAUUUUUUUUAUCCUUUUUUUUUCAUUUCAAUUAUCUUGAACUAUUUUUAACAGCUGUAAUGAGGAAGUUACAUGUGUUAAGUGUAGGGUUUCAUAAAUCUUGACAUGUGCAAGAAAAUGAAACCAUCAUUAUACUCAUAAUACUUAGCAUAUCUAUGACUAUGAAGUUGCUUCAUGACCUCAUUUAACCUGUCCUUGUUCUUCACAGCUUUCCUGAUAGCCAUGAUUUUACAUUCCAUUUUAAGAGGGAACUCUGCUUUUUCUAAAUAUUUUUUUUUAAUUAUAUUUUAUUGAUUUUUUACAGAGAGGAAGGGAGAGAGAUAGUUAGAAACAUCGAUGAGAGAGAAACAUCGAUCAGCUGCCUCCUGCACAUCUCCUACUGGGGAUAUGCCCAUAAUCAAACCUGGGACCUUUCAGUCCGCAGGCCGACGCUCUAUCCACUGAGCCAAACCAGUUUCGGCUCUAAAUGUUUUUUUGCUUUAAAAUUAUAUUUGAGAAAUUCUUGGACAUUUAUUAAAGAUACAUUAGUAACUGAUCUUUUUUUUUUUUUUUGGUAGAUAGUCUUUUUGUUUUUGUUGUUAAUCCUCACCCAAGGAUAUUUUUCUAGUGAUUUUUUUUCUUUUUGAGAGUGUAAGAGAGAGAGGGUAACACAGAGAGAAACAUUGAUAUUAAGGAAACACAUUGAUUGGUUACCUCCUGCAUCAACGGUGACCAAGGCACCGACUGGGAAUGAGUCUUCAACCAAGGUUUGUGCCUUAGCUGGAAUCAAACCUGGGACCCUUUGGGUUAUAGGCCUUUGCUCCAUCCAGAGCCAAAUCGGCCAGGGUUCUGGUAGAUGUUCUUCUCUUUGAAUAUAUCAGUAUUAUGUCCAUUUUAAUAAAUAUUUGGUUAUUUCUAUUAAAGGUGGUACAAACAUUUCUGUAUAAUUCUUUAUAUGGAUAUAAAUGUUAUUUACCUUUGUCAGUUGGACAUCUCCCACAGGCUCCUGGACUGCAAGAGGGCACAGGGCCGACUGAGGGAUCCCCCCUGAGUGUAUGAAUUUCGUGCACCAGGUCUCUAUUUUAAACAUAUGAACCAGCACAUCAUGGUUCCAUUCACAGUCACGGAAGAUACCUGAGCCCCGUCUUGAACCGCACUGUGGGGUAUGCAGGAGGCAGCUGAUCACUGAUUCUCUCUUAGCAUUGAUUUUUUUCUCUCUCUCCUUCAAUCUCCUUUGAAUUCCAGCAUCUCCCUGCAGAGACCUUCCUCGGCCAGGCACUUCUCACUCCCCGAGGCUCACAAGGACAUUUGUCUUUGGGUGCAGUUUACUAAGAAAUGGGACCUGUAAGAAGCCAGUGACUCUGCUGCAGGGAGGCAGAUGCUGUGGGCACUCAGGUGUCAUUGUGGUUGGCCCCACCUGGGAAUCUCCAGCAGCUUCAUUAGAGCUCCCUGAAUCUCAGUUGGCUAAAUGUGACAUGAGGUGAUUGAUGGCGCUUACUCUGGCCUUCCAACAUCAAUAAAAGUAACAAGCUGACUACUUGUUGCCAGGAUUUUAUUGUUAGAUUUUUGAGCAUUUACUCUUUCAGUUCUCACAGCAAGCUGGACAAGUAGAAACUCACAUCAAAUUCCUCAACAUAUUCAGUAUCUGAGAAAUGAAGUCAGCUCUCCAAUUUUACACCACAGACAAGUGUCCGAUUCAAGAGCUGGAUUUUAACCCAUUGUUUUCUUCAGCGUCAGGCACAGUCUCUACCACUGAUGUGCAGCCCUCACUGGAGCUGGUACAGUCUGAGGACCUGGGUGUCUCAGCUGAAGCUCCUGUUUCCAUGGUUGCAGUUAUGCAUUUCCUCCCCUUCCCUUUACACCCUUGGCCUCACCUUGUUCAGGGCAAUGCUAUGAUUCCUCAGCUGCAGUGGUUUUUCCAGAGGAUCCUGCUUUCAGAGUGAGCUGCUGCUUGUCUGCUUCCCUUUGAUCCCAGAACAGAGUUUGACCCACAUGAGACCUGGGUAAUUUGGUCUGGUCCCUGUACCUUCACACACAUGUUGGGUGUUAUGCUGUCACCCCAUCCACUGAGAUGAAUUUCUUGCCUCAGUUUGACCUUCAAAUGAUGUUCCUACGUGGCACUGACAUUCAUCCUGCAGGAGUAGAUAAAAUUGGACAUGAAUUUGGGGACCUGAUAUUCCCAAGUGAUCCUGGAGUCCUGGAUGAACCUGUCUCAUUGGACGGGUGCUCAUGUCAUUCAUGCUAGUACCUACUGGUGAUGUGAUUCUGUCCUCUGUAUGCCUACUGGCUAAACUAGACAAUGGCUCUGCAGCCCAAGUCAUGUUCUGGACUCAAGUCCUCUUUCCCAGUCUCCUGUGUCUGCACCAUGCAUCUCUGGGUUGGAACAGAGUCCUUUUGAGUACAAUUCGUCACCACAGUGCACAGCACACUGGGCCACGAAGGAGUUCCUUACUGUGCUUUUCCUCACCAUCUACCCUAACUGACUAUCCACACACAUUUUCUGACUGUUGGUGAAGGUGGCUUUUCAGAUGAUGGUCUUUGCCAUUUUGUUCAGUUACUUCACUGCAGAAACACUCACCUAAUUCCAUUAGAAGGAAUGGACUUCAUUUAAAGCAGCACCCAGAAAUAUAUUUUGAAGAAAAGACUACAUUAGCCGUGUGUUCACAGAUCUGAAGAAAUCCAGGCUUGUUUAUCUUCUGUGCAGCAGUCAUUGUCAUUGAUUAUGAUCAAGAGGUCCUUGGUGUCAAGUAUCUCUGAGGUGUGUCAACAGCAAGGAGGAGGGAUAGCAAGAAUGUAGCCUUGAAAAUAUCUUGUUCAGCAGUUUUAAUAGAGGUGUUGUGGAAUUAGAUGAGACAA